UAUGAGCUAAUACACUGAACUGAAAUAUCUAUGCGGAAAGCCAUUAGCCAUGUCCCUUACUCAGCAGACCUUGAGUUCUUCGUUCUCCUUCAUCUCUCACACUCACUUCCCAAAUAAGCCUUCUUCGAAACCUCCCCUCUUUCUAUCAACCUCAAAACCCUUUCCUUCGUUCUUCAUUUUUGCAACUCCUCCUCCUUCUUCUAACUCCUCCUCCCUUAUUUUCCUUCCUUUCCUUCAGGAACCCCAACAACAAGAGCUAGAAACCGAAGACCCCAAAUCCCAAGAACUUGAAAACAAGAUAGAAGAAGAAGAAGAUGAUGAUGAUGACAUAAAAGACCCAAUUAUCAAUUUCUUUAAGUCACGCCCCUCAACUCCUGACCCACCACGCGAAGGCAGAUUCUCCCUCCAAAAGAACCGCCGUUCUUCUUGGCACCUGGCGCCGGAUAUUGGAUCCUUUCCUGACCCUGAAUCUGACACCAUACCUGAGUCUGAUGGAGAAAAUAUAUUGUCAGAAGCAAAACAACAAACAGAUUCUACGCCUGAAGGCAUUGUGGGAGAAAUUGUACGAAUUGCGAAGAACUUACCCGAGAAUUCGACAUUGGGAGACUUGUUGGGAAGUUUUCAAGGGAAGUUGAGUGAAAAGGAGUGCUUAGAUGUGUUGGUUUUAAUGGGAAAGGAAGGUCUUGUUUUGGGGUGCUUGUAUUUUUUUGAAUGGAUGGGUUUGCAGGAGCCUUCUCUUGUUACGCCGCGAGCUUGUUCGAUUCUGUUUCCGGCGUUGGGGAGAGCGGGAAUGGGUGAUAAGUUGAUGGUUUUGUUCAGGAAUUUGCCGCUGAGUAAGGCUUUUAGAGAUGUUCAUGUUUACAAUGCCGCCAUUUCCGGGCUUUUGUGCUCUAAAAGGUAUGAUGAUGCUUGGACAGUGUAUGAGGCAAUGGAAGCGAACAAUGUCCAACCAGAUCAUGUUACAUGCUCUAUAAUGAUUACAAUUAUGAGGAAAACGGGGCGUAGUGCAAAAGAUGCGUGGGAGUUCUUUGAUAGAAUGAACAGGAAGGGAGUUAAAUGGAGUGCUGAAGUUUUGGGGGCAAUAAUAAAGUCGUUCUGUGAUGAAGGACUGAUGAAUGAAGCCCUCAUUAUCCAAACAGAAAUGGAGAAGAAAGGGGUUCCUUCAAAUACCAUAGUGUACAACACUUUGAUGGAUGCUUAUAGUAAGUCGAACCGAAUUGAGGAAGUGGAAGGCCUCUUUGCUGAGAUGAAAGCAAAACACCUUAUGCCCACAUCUGCUACCUUUAACGUACUUAUGGAUGCAUACAGCCAAAGAAUGCAGCCGGAGAUUGUUGAGAAGCUGUUGCAAGAAAUGCAGGAUAUGGGCUUGAAACCAAAUGCCAAAUCAUAUACUUGCCUGAUUAGUGCUUAUGGGAGGCAGAAGAAGAUGAGUGACAGGGCUGCAGAUGCAUUCUUGCGGAUGAAAAAAGUUGGUCUAAAGCCCACUUCACAUUCUUAUACAUCUCUUAUCCAUGCUUAUUCCAUCAGUGGUUGGCAUGAGAAAGCUUAUAUUGCAUUUGAGCACAUGAGGAGAGAAGGAAUUAAGCCCUCCAUUGAAACAUAUACUGCCCUAUUGGAUGCAUUUAGGCGUGUGGGUGAUACUCAAACAUUGAUGAAAGUUUGGAAGUUGAUGAUCAGUGAAAAAAUUGAAGGCACACGGGUUACCUUUAACACUCUUCUUGAUGGAUUUGCUAAACAAGGUCAGUAUAUAGAAGCAAGGGAUGUUGUUUCUGAAUUUGGGAAGAUUGGCUUGCAACCAACAGUGAUGACAUAUAAUAUGCUGAUGAAUGCGUAUGCACGUGGAGGGCAACAUCAAAAAUUGCCACAACUAUUGAAAGAGAUGGCAGCUCUCAAUCUAAAACCCGAUUCUGUCACUUAUUCUACCAUGAUCUAUGCAUUUGUUCGGGUUCGUGACUUUAAGAGGGCAUUCUAUUAUCACAAGCAGAUGGUAAAAAGUGGGCAAGUUCCAGAUGCCAAGUCCUAUGAAAAGCUUAGGGCAAUAUUGGAUGCAAAGGCUGCAAAACAAAACAAGAGGGACAAGAGUGCUAUCCUUGGUAUAAUCAAUAGCAAAAUGGGCAUGGUGAAAGCAAAGAGGAAGACGAAGAAAGAUGAAUUCUGGAAAAACAAGAAAAAGCAUCGCAAAACUCCUGAUGUUGCUCAUAGUGGUCAGCAAUGAUGCCAGUUUUGCAUUAUGUGACAGCUUAGUUGGUCACCGUUGAUUUUUCUUUUGGAGACUUUAUGUCUUGACUACUAGUGCCCUUUGUUUUGAAAGGUUUUGAGAUUGCAUGAAAUGUUCUUCUAUCCCAGGAUAUGGUAUCAGAUGGCAAUGAUCGAGUGUUAGCACUUGGAUGGUUUUGCGAUGACAGGUGUCAAAUUAUGCUCUGAUCCUUUAUCCCACAAAGUAUAAUCUCAGCAUUCUGUGACCAAUAAGCGUAUCCUUUUGUAACCUUUUGUAACCAAAUCCCUCAAAAGUUUGCUCUGAUCCUAUAACAAUCUACUAGAUUGGCUAUAGCUUGUCUGUGAGAGUGAUCUGGUAUCAGCACAACACCAGGAGGUAAUUAUCUGAAUUCAGAUUUGAUAUGCAUGGAUUUUUUUUGGUUAUCCAAGUUCUCUGGGUUAAUAGAAUGGACCAAUUGGUUUUGUUCUUCAUAAACAUGAGGAUGCCACUGGUAAAUUAAGUUAGCUUUGAUAAAAAUAGCAAAAAAUAAAAGAAGUUAGCUUAGGUUUAUUGUAGCGGGCAGUUCAGUGUUUUAUGAACUUUCCGGAUGCUCAUUCCCACUUUAGGCUAGCUGACCUGCCAAGUCGUCCUCAUUCCCUGACCUAUCUCCAUACAAGCCAACCAAGUCAGAUAGUUGAGAAAAGCCCUUUAUAGAUGAUUAUGGACGUCAACCAAGAGGGGAAAAAACGUAGUAUUUUAUGCAAGAACAUAAUAGUGAGAUGGGUAAAUAGCAUUUCCUCAAUGCCUUUAGCACUCUAGUUGAGGCUGUUUGAGUUAAUGACUACGUUUAGCUGAGUCUCCUUUUUGUUUUUAUCUUCUGCAAAUCCUCUCUAAACAGCAGCAUUAGCUGGAGAUUGAUUCCCCAUAAUUGUUAGAUAUUGAUGUUGUUUCUGUGUUUUGCUGUUUUGUAGAAUUUAUUUACUAGAGAAUUUCAUUUAGUGCUCAUUGUUCAACCAAACUGUGGACAAGAGUAUACGAACCCAUGCCUUUAUUUCGUCAUCAAUACAUUGAAUCUCCCCUCCAUCGAGUCGUUCUUUCAUGCUUUUAAAGCCUCAGGUACGUGAUGACGCAAUGGGAAUCUCUUCUCUCUGGUGAAGAAAAUCUCUUUUCACCAAUCAUCCAAAUGAAAUGAAGCAUAAGCCAACCAAAUGAAAUGAAGCAUAAAUCAGUUAGGCAUUUGGGGCAGUCUAUAUUUGGUAUAUGUUAUUUUCUAUAUAAACCUUUGUCUAAUCCUUGCGUUAUUUUACUUUUGUCUUUGUUUGAACUGUGGACCGACUAUAUUAUCUUCAAGCCGCCCUUUGUUUUUUCGUUGUUCUGUCUUUUUCCCUUGUUAAUUUUCAGAAGCUGCUUUGUGGCUGCUUGACUAAUCUCAUCAAAAUAUGCAAAUCAAUCCAUGUGCACGUCGGUGCCACUUAUUAAAAGCUUAUCCUUUCGAAAAAUACAAGGAUCUUGUAUUGCAUUAAUAGUUUCCUUCCCUUCGGAGCCAAAAAUUUUAAGAAUCACGGGCAAGUUGCCAACUCAAAAGAAAAUUUAUUGGGAUUUUUCGUGGAAAAUUUAUCUUUGGUUUUUUAAUUUUUUUACUAUACUCUUAAUGAUAUGUAUUAUCCAAUUAUUCUACUUAAAUUAAAAAAAUUCAUUAUCAUGAUAAUUUCUCUUUUAAGUAAACGGUUAAAUCAAGCAAUCUUUGAUAUAAAGGAUAUGGAUGUAUAUAAUACUUUUACCA